UACACCACAAAGAUGACUCAUCAGCUCUGUGCUGUGCUGGUGGCUGGAUCUUGGGUUGUCGCCAACCUGAAUGUUCUGUUGCACACCCUGCUGAUGGCUCGACUCUCCUUCUGUGCAGACAAUGUGAUCCCCCACUUCUUCUGUGAUGUGACGCCCCUCCUGAGACUCUCCUGUUCAGACACUCACCUCAACGAGGUGAUGAUUCUUUCUGAGGGCGCCCUGAUCAUGAUCACCCCAUUUGUCUGCAUCCUGGCCUCCUACAUGCGCAUCACCUGUGCUGUCCUGAGGGUUCGGUCCACGAGGGGACGAUGGAAAGCCUUCUCCACCUGUGGCUCCCACCUGUCUGUGGUCUCCCUCUUCUAUGGCACCAUCAUUGCUGUGUAUUUCAACCCUGCAUCCUCUCACUCAGCUGAGAAGGACACCAUAGCGACUGUGCUGUACACAGUGGUGACCCCCAUGCUAAACCCUUUCAUCUACAGCCUGAGGAACAGAGACCUCAAAGGGGCUCUA